UCCAACCCAUUUACAGCCAAAUUCUUCUACGCCCCGUGAGUUCAUCAAUUCAGUUUAAACAAUUUGCAAAUAAUCACUCCCAACCCAGUAAAACGGUAAACAAACCAUGCACACACAAACUCACCGAUGAUGAUAAUGGUGACGCUGAUGAUCGUGAGGAGUAACGGCGCGGCAUCGCUAAAAUAGGAUUGAUAAGAGCACUAUGUAUUAUAUGCAUAACAACCACCCUAUCUCUUGCCUGCUUUACAAUUGGACUAUUUUUCCAUAUCUAUAAACCAACCCAACUAAUACUAGAAGAUCGACUAACGAUGCGACAAAUUAUGCCAUACUACCAAUGGUGGAAAGACACGGACGAUGUGCUGGUUACAUGUCGAAUAUUCAUCUUCAACGUCACCAACUCUGAACGCUGGUUCGACGGUACCGACGAUCAGCUCGCACUGGACGAAGUGGUCCCGAUCGUUUACCGUGAAACGCUCGAGCAUGAUAACAUUACAUUUCACGCGCACAAUUCCACCAUGUCUUACGUCACCAGAAGGCGGCUGGUGUUUCUACCGGACCGGAAUGUCCCGGGAAUACUGAACAAAACAAUCAUCGUACCGAACAUUUCCUUGUUGGGUGUUGCCGCUAGAAUGGAAAAUGACAAUUUCUUCAUGAAACGCGGUCUUAAUUUAAUUUACACCAUGUCCGGCGAUUCCGUCUUCAGCCGAAUGACGAUAUACGAUUACUUGUGGAACACGAGACCACCAUUUUUAAACCAGGCCAAAAAGUUCGUUCCCGGUUUGGUACCGUCAGACAAUGUCGGCGUAUUAAAAACGAUGUACGAGGAUAACGAGGAGCACGUAAACGUUCGGCACGGGAAACAGUACGGCGAUGAUCAGUUUUUCCUGAUGAACACGUACGAGUACGAACCAACCGUGCCAGGAUUCAGUCUUGCCAAAGGGGAUUGUUUCGCUUCGAUUCAGAACUCAUCCGAAGGUGCAACUUAUCCACAAAAUUUGGACGAGCGCUCGGUACUAAUCUACUGGCGCAAAACACUAUGCCGAGCCGUGCCAUUGUACUUUGAACGCCGGGUACAGAAAGGUCCACUGACGGGAUACAAGUACGCGCUGCCGGAUGAUUCGUACGAUCGUUUACCGAACAGUACUGCCGACUGCUAUAAGGGACAGUUUGGUUUGCUUGAGGAUGGAAUGACGGACACUUCCAAGUGUUCUCAUGAUGUUCCUAUCGUGGCCACAAGCCCACACUUUUAUGCGCGCAAUUUCUCCACAGCCCAUAAGAUAACGGGCAUGAAACCGAACCGGGAAGAGCAGCACAGCUACGCGAUUGUCGAUCCAUCCUUCGGCAUACCUUUGGAUCAGUGCGCCCGAACGCAAACGAAUCUGGCCAUACCGAAACUUACCGACUACUCGGAGGAAAUCAAACGCUUCAGUGAGAUGAUCAUACCGAUGUUUUGGAUCGAAUAUCAUCAAAAAGAACUUCCAACGUAUAUCGUGCGCACACUGCAAGCCUUUUACGUCAUACGGGACGUCGAACCGUACCUGCCGUACGUGCUAUACCUGUGCUUUGUACUGCUACUGACCGUUGCGUUCCGGGAGGCAGCACGCUAUAAAAUGCAAAGCAAAAUAUCUCCUACCAAGUACACGAAGCCAAAGCUGACCAGUCUUUAGCGUGCAAAACGUACUACAAGCCAAGACCAAACUCCUGGCUCCUGUGUUAACAAAGCCCAUACACCUCAAGGGUCAUCAUGUGCCAUCCGUUUUGUGAUAAGUUAAUCGUUAGUAUCCAGGAUAAAUAAAGCUGCAACGAACGCGUAGUUUUGCUAUAUAA